AUGCGCGUUCUCUUGUCGCUCCCUAUCGCGGCCCUGGGCCUCGUGGGCUCCACGGUAGCUUAUCCCUACGGCGAGACCGAGGCUGUUCUGCGCCAGGAACCCUCCACCAACCAGGCCAAAGCAGAUGCCGUCAAGGAGGCCUUCCAGCAUGCGUGGGAUGGCUAUAUGAAAUAUGCAUUUCCCCACGACGAGCUGACUCCGGUUAGCAAUGGCCAUGCCGACUCCAGGAACGGAUGGGGCGCUUCCGCAGUCGACGCUCUCUCCACAGCGGUCAUUAUGGGCAAGGCCGAUGUCGUGAACAUCAUUCUCGAGCACGUCGCGAAGAUCGACUUCUCCAAGACCUCCGAUACCGUCAGCUUGUUCGAAACCACGAUCCGCUACUUGGCCGGUAUGCUGUCGGGUUACGACUUGCUGCAGGGACCCGCUAGCGAUCUUGUCAACAACCAGAAACUCAUCGACGAAUUACUCACCCAGUCCAAGAACCUGGCCGAUGUGCUCAAGUUUGCCUUCGACACCCCAUCCGGAGUUCCAUACAAUAACCUCAACAUUACCUCGAAGGGUAACGACGGCGCGACAACCAAUGGGCUUGCCGUGACGGGAACAUUGGUUCUAGAAUGGACGCGUCUCUCCGACUUGACCGGAAACGAUGAAUACGCCAAGCUGGGCCAGAAAGCCGAGUCGUACUUGCUGGACCCGCAACCAUCUAGCGGCGAGCCAUUCCCCGGCCUCGUGGGCAGCUCUAUCAACAUCGGGGACGGCCAAUUUGCCGACGGCUCAGUCUCGUGGAACGGAGGCGACGACUCUUUCUAUGAGUAUCUGAUCAAGAUGUACGUGUACGACCCUAAGCGGUUCAGCACCUACAAGGACCGCUGGGUGCUCGCAGCUGAGUCGACCAUCAAACACUUGGCGUCGCACCCACAGCCCCGUUCGGACCUGACGUUCCUGAGCUCGUACAAUAAUGGAAACUAUGAUCUCAGCUCCCAGCACCUGACCUGCUUCGACGGCGGUAGCUUCAUCCUGGGUGGUACCGUGCUGGACCGCCAGGACUUCAUCGACUUCGGUCUUCAGCUUGUCGAUGGCUGCGAGGCGACCUACAACUCAACCCUGACGAAGAUCGGCCCUGACUCCUGGGGCUGGGACCCGAAGAAAGUUCCCUCUGACCAGAAGGAUUUCUAUGAGCGUGCUGGCUUCUAUAUCAGCAGCGGCGCGUACGUCCUGCGCCCUGAGGUUAUUGAGAGCUUCUACUAUGCACACCGCGUUACUGGCAAGGAAAUUUACCGUGACUGGGUUUGGAAUGCCUUUGUCGCGAUCAAUGAAACUUGCCGCACUGACUCCGGCUUUGCGGCCGUGUCGAACGUCAACAAGGCCAACGGAGGCUCCAAGUACGACAACCAGGAAAGCUUUCUUUUCGCCGAAGUCAUGAAAUACUCUUACCUCGCCCACUCCGAGGAUGCCGCAUGGCAAGUCCAGCGAGGCAGCAAAAACUCCUUUGUGUUCAACACCGAGGCCCACCCCAUCCGCAUUGCAAGCGAUUAG